GUUCAAAAUGGUCUAUGCAAUGGAACCAGAGUCCAGAUUGUUGGUUUACGCCAAAAUCUUAUUCGUUGCCGAAUUCUGUCUGGCUCCGGGAAAGGAAAUGAACACGAUUUGUUUAGAACACGUUUCCAAUAUGGUGCCGAUCCUAAAGCCCCACAAGAAGGCAUGGUUCGAGUUGAACGAGUUCAGUUUCCGUUGCGUCCAGGUGCCGUCAUGA